AUGCUGACUACGGUACUGCUCUGCCUGGCGGCGGCCGCCGAAGGCCAGCGCAACCCCGGCAACCAGUUCUUCGGUGGCCCGCUGGCGCCGGCGCCCCUCACGCCGCUGGGCCAGGUGCCCCCGGCGUGGCGCAGUACACCUUCGGUUACAAGACGGAGGACCCGGCCGUCAACUGACGUCCCGCUGUCACAGGGCGUGGCGCAGUACACCUUCGGUUACAAGACGGAGGACCCGGCCGAGGCCACCUACUCGGAGCAGAGCGAGCAGCGCGACGGCAACGCCGUCACCGGCUUCUACUCGGUGCUGCUGCCCGACGGCCGCGUACAGGUGGUGAACUACGUGGCGGACGAAGCGGGCUACCGGGCGACGGUGGCGUACCAGACGCCGGACGGCGUGCCGCUGCCGACACCGGCCGGCGAGGCGCCGUCAGAGCACCACUGGACGCCGGCCUCCAACACGGUACCGACCGGUGACACGUGGGUGCCGCCGUACACCGCCCCGGCGGGUGGGUCCUGGAAGCUGCCCGUCGCGGCCGGGCCGAGCGUUACCCCCUGGGUGUUGGCCGACAAUUCGAUCCCCGUCGACAGCUGGACCAAGUCCCCCCGCUCGGCGCUCGCCGGCAGAAGUCUGGAGACGUCCUCCAUCGGCGCCGGCGGUGGCCGCAGCUGGGGUCGGCAGUCCGUGGGCCACUCGAGGAUUGGAGAGCUGGUCGGCGCCGGCUGGAGCGACGACGAGCGUCUCGUGCUGGUGGACGCCGCCGGCCAGGUGUCCAUGUACGACAUGUUCGGCCGCCUGGAACACACGCUCAGUCUGGGCCAGGAGGUGAAGAAGUACACGGUGGCCUCAGCCGAGGUGUUCCUCAGCCAUCAGGGUACGGGGCUGGCCGUGCUCUGCAAGAACCACCGUUUCUACAUGACCACUUCACUGGACAAGCCGCUGGUGAAGAAGCUGCCGGAGGCCACUGGUGGCAGCGCAGCGCCCAGCUGCUGGGCGGUGACAGCCGGCCGCUACCGAUCGGCGCUGCUGGUAGCCAAGGGUCUGGAGAUCUCCCUGCUGGAAGCAGACUCCAAGGCUCAGCCACUGCCGGCGCCACUGCCGUCGACCGCCCAGCGCGUGACGCAGCUGGUGACGAACCGGGCCGGUGACCUGCUGGCCCUGCUCACCGACACCGGCCAUCUGGUGAUGACGUCACUGGACCUGCGCCAGGUGUUCUGCACCGUCGACACGGACGUCCGCCAGCCGGCCAAGCAACUGGAGUGGUGCGGCUCGUACGCGGUGGUCGGCUACUGGCAGAGCCGGUUGCUGGUGGUGAGCCGACGCGGCGACACCAUCACCUACUCGCUGGACGCCCCCGGCCGACUCUGCUCCGAGAACGACUGCAUCCGUCUCGUCACCGCCUACAGCCACGAGCUCAUCGAACAGGUGUGGAGCGACUCUGCGGCCGUGUUCCGCAUCGGCUCCAUGGACCCGGCCGCCGUCCUUCUGGAGACCUACCGCGAGUACGAGAAACGCAGCCACCGCGCCGACGAGUACCUGCGCAUGAUCUGGAACCAGCUAAAGCAGGCCGUCACGUCGUGCGUAGAAGCGGCCGGCCAUGAGCAUAGUGCCGAGCUCCAGAAGCUGUUGCUCAGGGCGGCUCAGUACGGCAAAAGCUUUAUCCCGGAGCUGAUGGAUCCGGAGCCGUACGUCUCCACGUGCCGGUAUCUGCGCGUGCUCAACUCGCUGAGGCACCACAGCCACGGCAUGCCGCUCACCAUGGGGCAGCUGCGCGAGAUGCCCGUCUCGAUGCUGCUGGACCGUCUGAUGCGCCGGCGGCUGCACUUCCUGGCGCUGCGCGUGUGCCGCCACCUGGAGGUGCCGCGCGCCGACGGCGAGCGUCGCGUUCUUGAGGCCUGGGCCAAGCACGUGGUGGUGGCCGCCGGCGCUGACGGCGCGGACGGCAAGCACGUGGCGCGCGAGAUCGCCGACCGGCUCGGCACCCAGUCGGGCAUCUCGUUCGCCGACGUGGCCAAGACGGCCAUCGAAGCCGGCAAGCGCGGCACUGCCAUCCAGCUGCUGGCGCUGGAGCAGCAGGCGCGCCGCACCGUGCCGCUGCUGAUCGACCUCAACAUGUGCGACGAGGCUUUGCAGCGCGCCGCCGCCUCGGGUGACCCGGGCCUGGCCCACUCGGCCCUGUUGCAGCUACGCGACGCCAGGGGGCGCGCCGAGUUCCAGAUGCUGAUAAGGAACUAUCCGCUGAUGCAGUCUCUGUACGUGAAGUAUCUGCGCGGCCGUGGCCAGACCGAGCUGCUGCGGGACACCAUGAUCCAGGAGGACGACUUUCAUGGCCAAGGCCUGCUACGGGUCAGGGAGGCCUACCAAGAGACAAGGGUGGACCUUCGCAUAUCACAUCUAGUCGCCGCCCAGGACUGCUUCAAGAAAGCAAAAAACGAUUUCUUCGCCACCCAGACUGAGGACCAGCACAAGCUGCUGAAACGGCAGUCAAACCUGGAGGAGAAGUUUAACCGGGAGUACGUGGGGCUCUCGCUGCACGACACCAUCAGUCGGCUCAUCCUGUACGGAGAGCUGAAGCUGGCCGACAGCCUGCGGGCCGAGUACAAGAUCUCCGACAAACGUUUCUGGUGGACCAAACUUCUGGCGCUAGCCGAGGCCAGUCAGUGGGUCGAACUAGAGCAGUUUGCCAAGAGCAAGAAGUCGCCCGUGGGAUACGAGCCGUUCGUGGAUGCGUGCAUGGAGCACGGCAACCUUCAUGAGGCGAAGAAGUACCUGGCGCGGGUGGCCGACGACAAGAAAGUCAAGUACUACGCCAAAGUCGGGAACCUAGAGGAGGCAGCCAGGAUCGCGCACGAGCAGCGCGACCGACAGGCGCUGGCUUACGUGGAGAGUCUGUGCGGCAACAACAACCGGGCGCUGCUGGAGCAGAUCAGCCAGUACCGGCAGGCGCUCAAGCCGUAGCGGCACGGCACGGCACGGCACGGCAUGCCGCGGGCGGGGCGGCGGGCGCCGGUAACCGAUGACGCAGGUGUGGAUGACGCAGGACGCGCAUGCUUACCGCCUCUGCAGACGACUUAUCGUUCAGUUUGUUUCUGUGGAGAACCCCACCGUAGCUCCAGCGUGGCGCUGUUUUGGGCAGGUUGCCCGAAGUGUAAGUGAAGACAGUUGGCCCUCCGCCGCAGUGUGCAGGGCAAGUUAUGGAAUACAUGAUUGUGUCGUACUAUGGCGACAUGAGAAGGAAAUAUAUCAUAGAAUAUACUUGGGACGCUUCAUGUCGGCAUUGCAUGCUACGCACUCUAAAGCAGAUUUGCGCCCUGGAAAUAUCCUUCAUCCCCCUUUCGCUAUCCCUCCCCGCCUCGAACGAAAGGAGGCAUGCAAACGCUCCACACCAGUGGCGAAGACAGGAUUUCGUCCAGGUCAAUUUUAGUCACAGAGGCCCUUCCGGUCGAUGGCCCCUUCGAUUGUGCGGGCGUUUUGGCACCAAAAACGUGUGCCUAGCUUUUCCGGUGCCUGAGAAGUGGUGGUUUUUUAGGAACGCUGCACGGCGAUCUACAGUCGACGAUUCCGAUCGACAGCCGACAUUCCAUUCCGAUUCCGCGCGCGGCUGGUUGGCUUUUCAAUUAAAGCCCUGCAUCAUAACUAUAUCCUCAAAACACAAAAACUACACACCAUUGCACUUCGAAUCGAGCAAUGAACAAGGUCUUGCUGCCAAGGUUUUGGGUCGCUGCGGGGUCGUCGUGACGAGCGAAGAAGAAAAAAAUAUUCGCAAUCGUCUUACACAUACGAUUGCGUAAGGCUGAAAAUUCGACUUUGGGGUAAAUUUAACCCUUUCACCCACCUUGGUGGGGCCAAUUAUAGAACUAGCAACAACAAACUGAUUAAUAAUUAGGAGAUCUCGUAGGGACAAGUCCACUGUCUUUUCCACGAGAACCUUCGUUUGGAAACGGCAUGGGGUCGCAUCCCCCUAUAAAUCUAUGUUAUGGAAAGCUAGGGAAUCAGGCGAGAGUAGCAUACAACAGAUGGUUCUGGUUUGGUUUUUUUGCGAAAAACUAGCGAAUUAGGCGAGGGUAUGGCGCAACAGAUGCUAACGUGACGCAUUUCUCCCCGAACGGUUUGAUAGACGGACAGAGUCCCGCACCAACACUUACCCGUCUUCACGCCGCUGGGCUUGCUUCCGCAGUGAAACUUCCAUUAAAAUACAUCCUGCUUUCGGCGUGUACUUCAUGCCACUAACAGAUCGACUCGAACAGGAUGCCGGGGUGCCGAUAUUGCAGUGGUUAACGCGCUUGCGUUAACCAUCGCGCGUGUGGGAA